AUGAAUAAAUUUGGGUGUUGCACAUCUACUAAAGCAGAUCAAGCCAGCAUACUGAACUGUAAGCUCUGUCAGAUUUCUUUUCACUAUCGCUGUAUUUUUCCUCAAAAAGAGAACAAAAAAUUGUCAUCCGAUCUUAAAUCAUCGUGGAUUUGCCCCGAUUGCUCACAAAAAUGCCGCGUUCCGAACUAUCGUAAUAAAGAUAAUACACCUGUUCGUGGCAAUGCUCGCGACGUCAGCGAUAGUGAGGAGGAUUCGGCCGACGACAAUAUAACCCUGCGUGUUCGGCCGAAACAAGACCAGAUCGGGCAGUCUCUAUCUCUGGAUAUACAGAAUAUUAUUAAAUCGGAAUUUAGUGCAAUGAAACUGGAUUUGAGCAGCAUCUCUAAUGAAAUUACCUCACUUAGACAAGAAAUACAGGAUAUCAAAAUAGCUAUGGGUUUUAUCAACGACGAAUACAAUAAAAUUAAUGAUAAAAUAUUUCAAAUGGAGACAAAGUUUAAGGCUUUUGAUGCUUUAGUUACCAGCGUUGAACACUUAAAGUCUGUAUCCGAAAAAAUAGAAAUGGAUAUAAAUACAAAGGAUCAGUGGGCGAGACGCUCUAACAUCGAAAUCUGUGGUAUUCCAGAAAAGAAGGGCGAGAACCUUCUCCGACUCACAGAGGAAAUUGCUGUUAAGGCUGGUUUCGACUUGAAGCCCUCGGAUAUUGAUUUUGUAACGCGUGUCGCAUCUAAUAGCCAAGUCAAUAAACCCAAACCCAUUGUUAUCCGUUUGCAAGCGCGCUAUAGAAAAGACGAUUUUUUGGCUUGCUUGUAA